AUGCUCCUCCCGCCGCCGAACCCGACCCUCAAGGGCCAGAAGCUCUUGAUCCUCUCCCAGUUCAAGCCCGACGACGACUUCUACGCCAAGCUGCACUCCCAGUUCCCGGAUCUGAAGGUCGUCUACCACGAGCUUGGCUUCCCCGAGAAGAAGCCCGGCAGCACCUUUGACGAGAGCGAGUGGAAGGACGUGACGAUCCUGCUCACCGGCAGCGCCCUCCCGGACCCGGAGCAGGCGCCGAAGCUGCAGUACGUGCAGCUGCAGAGCGCCGGCGCGAACCACAUCUUGAAGCAUCCGCUGUUUACGGACACGGAUGCAGUCUUUGCGACGGCGAACGGUGUCCACGGACCUCAGAUUUCCGAAUGGAUCAUUUCAACCUACCUCUCAUUCCAGCACCAACUCCCCAAAUACAUCGACAACUUUCGCGAAGGAAAGUGGUCUCGCGGAAAUGAAUGGGUAGAAGACGCCGUCGAGCAUCUCACUAACCUCACCACCAGAGGAAUCCUCGGCUACGGCAGCAUCGGCCGCCAAACCGCCCGCGUAGCCACCGCCCUCGGCUUCAAAGUGCACGCCUACACUCUGCACCCGCGCCCGACGCCCGAGUCCAAGCGCGACAACGGCUACUCGCCCCCCGGCCUCGGCGACCCGGAGGGCAAGUUCCCGUCCAAGUGGUUCUCGGGUGCCUCCAAGGCCGACCUGCACGCCUUCCUCGGCUCCGGGCUUGACCUGCUCGUCGUUGCGACCCCGCUGACCGACAAGACGAGCCACCUGCUCGCGGCGGAGGAGUUCCGCAUCCUGUCCGCCAAGAAGACGUUCGUGUCCAACAUUGCGCGUGGCCCGAUCGUCAACACGGACGACCUGAUCAAGGCACUCGAUGACGGGCUCAUCCGCGGCGCCGCGCUGGACGUCACGGACCCGGAGCCGCUGCCUGAAGGGCAUCCGCUGUGGAAGGCGAAGAAUCUGCUGAUCACGCCGCAUAUCAGUGGCAUGUCGACGAGUUACACGGAGCGGAUUCUGGGGAUUUUGGACCUGAAUUUGGAGCGGUUGAGUCAGGGGAAGAGGCUUGUGAAUGUUGUCAACAAAAAGGAGGGUUAUUAG